GUGUAAACAGCGCAAAAGCCCCGCGAUGGACUGAGGUCCGCACCAAUGCCUGUUAUUAAAACCAAGAAAACACCGUUUUAUUCGCGUUAAAAUAUAUGCAGGCUCUACUAAUUUUGUUUUCCAUCGUCCAGAGAACAUUAUUUUUUCUGCGUAAAGCGGAACUAUUUUGUUCUUUGUUUGUAAUAAUGCUCAACCUUUACGUUUGACUGGCACUGGCGUUAGUGGUUAAAAUACACCCCUAAAAACUGUGCACUACAACACCGAAGCUAUGAAUAAACGAGAAGGUGAGGGGUGUUCACGGAGAAAUGCAGAUGCAGCACAGGAGCACGAAAUGAGUGCCAACCCCUCGUCUGUCAUGGCUGCCUUCAAAGGUUUCCAACAGGAGCUCGACACCAAACAUGACAAAUAUGAGCGUCUUGUUAAGAUUAGUCGCGACGUCACAAUUGAAAGCAAGAGAACCAUAUUUCUUCUGCACAGAGUGACCACUGUACCAGAUGCAGUGGAUAUCCUGAACGAGGCAGACAUAAAGCUGGAUGGAGUCAGGCAGAAGAUUGGGCAGAUUGCUGAGGAGCUGAGAGGAGAGGAUAUUUAUCAGUUUCACAGAGCCUUCACACCAGGGAUUCAGGAAUACGUGGAAGCCGUCUCUUUCCUGCACUACAUCCGCCAUCGCAGCCUUAUCAGCUUGGAAGAGAUCAACGCCAGGCUGGUGUUCAUGAACGCAGAGAAGGCAGAUCCUAAGGGCUCAGCUGAAGCGAUGCCGGUGAACGCUCAGGUCCUGACCUUUCAGGUGACGCCGUCCGACUACCUGCUGGGGGUGGCCGACCUAACAGGGGAGCUGAUGCGGAUGUGCAUCAGCAGCGUCGGCAAUGGCGACAUUGACACGCCCUUCCAGCUGAGCCAGUUCCUGCGGCAGAUCCACGACGGUUUCUCCUACAUUGGGAACACGGGCCCGUACGAGGUGUCCAAGAAGCUGCACACUCUGCGGCAGAGCCUGGGCAAAGUAGAAGACGCGUGCUACACCCUACGCGUCCGUGGCUCAGAGAUCCCCAAACACAUGCUGGCAGACGUGUUCUCCAGUCGGACCACACUCAUCGACCCCGAGGAAGGAGUGGUUUAAUCCUGCACUGCUUCAACGAUGCUCUUCUCUGUGGUCUCAUUGUCUGGUUUAGUUUGGCUCCCUUUGAUGUUUGUGUGCAUUUUUAAUGGGAUUUCACUGAUGUUUCUAGUGUUUUGUGAAAUGCUUGUUCAUUUUUUAUUAUUACAAUAACAACAGUGUUACAAUAGACAAUGGAUUCUCUUUUGUUCGAUAAAGAUCUGAUGACUUCAGUUGUUUUGCAUGAAUAAAGGUUCUGUGCCAAAUAUGCCAUACUCCCUGAGACUUUAA